CGAAGACAUCCCUCUUCACAAGUGUCGUGAAGUGCUUUAGCAUAUCCUGUCUCCUCCUUGUCCCACGUAUCUCGACACCUCACCAUGGUCCUCGUCUUCUCGCUUCUGGCGUCAGCCUUGAUGGCGUCGGUGACUUAUGCUCACUUCACGCUGGACUACCCUCUCACCCGUGGUUUCGACGAAGACAAGGAGCCCGAGUUUUGUGGCGGUUUUAAUACGGCAAGCGCCCAGCGCCAGCCUGUUCCUCUGAACGGAGCGGCUAUCUGGAUCAAUUCCCAUCACCAGUUGGCAACCGUAGAUGCGUUUCUGUCCACGCAACCUGAUCCGAAGACGUGGGAUGAUUUCAACUCGACCAUUAACGGCACUUCAUCCAUCAUGAUGGCAUCGGACUUCUUCCAGGUGGCUGAGGGUGUCGCCUGCUGGAAUAUCAACUUCGCCACCUUGCCGUACAAUCUCACCAACGGCUCCCAGAUCACCCUUCAGAUCCAGUAUAACGGGGGUGACAGCCCCCUGUACCAGUGCACAGACUUGGUCUUGCUGUCGAAUUACACGGUGCCCUCGAACUACACGUGCUCGGAAGACGCCGCCGCGGAGUUCACGAGGACCCGGAGCAGUGGUCCUUCAGCAACCUCCCAGGCAGCUUCAGUCUCUUCUGCCGCAUCCACUGGACAGAGUAGCAGUGCCUCUAAGGUUACUUCCUCUGUGGGCAUGCUCGCAGUAGCUGCUGCCGCUCUCGCUGCAGUUAUGUAGGCCAUCUUACGUCUCAAUCCAAGUGUAUUGAUGCGAAAGUGGUUAUUGGAGCGGACGUGUUUGUCCAAUGCAGACAGAAUGUCUUACAACUGCCCAGACAGGGUGAGGGUCUAAAUGCGGCAUGAUUUACGUCAGCGACCUGCGUCAAUGCUAAAACGGGCCUUUCAAAACACGUGCUUUUCACUAGGAGGAUACAAUUAGGAGUCUUCAAAUCUUCCUUCUGUAAGUCAGUUGGCUGGUCAGUACUGCCUGGAGCAUCGUGCUUCACGGAUUGAGGAGGACUGAUAGUGGUUCGCUGCUCAGACGGAUAGAUUUAGGACUGGAGGGGCAGGUGAUGGGAGAAUGCAUCGAAUGGACGACUCUAUUGUUACGCGCACUCGUACGGGUAGAUCCGAAGAAGUUC